GUCUCGGAGAAAUGGGGUGGUCCCCGCCAGGCGGCGGCGGGGCGGGCCCGGGGCGCCGAAGGGGUUAAGGCACCUGGGCCACCGCCCCUGCCGGCCCCUCCUCCCGCGGCCGGGAAGAGGAAAGUCGCGGCGGGGGCGCGGCCCGGCCUCCGUCCCCACCCGCCCGCCGUCCCGCCGGCCCGAGCCGUGGCGCCCAGAGCUGCGAGCCGCUCGCACCUCCGCCGCUCCGGCCCGGGCCGCCAUGUCGCUGUGGAAGAAAACCGUCUACCGGAGUCUGUGCCUGGCCCUGGCCCUGCUCGUGGCCGUGACGGUGUUCCAACGCAGUCUCACCCCUGGUCAGUUUCUGCAGGAGCCUCCGCCACCCACCCUGGAGCCACAGAAGGCCCAGAAGCCAAAUGGACAGCUGGUGAACCCCAACAACUUCUGGAAGAACCCGAAAGAUGUGGCUGCACCCACGCCCAUGGCCUCUCAGGGGCCCCAGGCCUGGGACGUGACCACCACUAACUGCUCAGCCAAUAUCAACUUGACCCACCAGCCCUGGUUCCAGGUCCUGGAGCCGCAGUUCCGGCAGUUUCUCUUCUACCGCCACUGCCGCUACUUCCCCAUGCUGCUGAACCACCCGGAGAAGUGCAGGGGCGAUGUCUACCUGCUGGUGGUUGUCAAGUCGGUCAUCACGCAGCACGACCGCCGCGAGGCCAUCCGCCAGACCUGGGGCCGCGAGCGGCAGUCCGCGGGUGGGGGCCGAGGCGCCGUGCGCACCCUCUUCCUGCUGGGCACGGCCUCCAAGCAGGAGGAGCGCACGCACUACCAGCAGCUGCUGGCCUACGAAGACCGCCUCUACGGCGACAUCCUGCAGUGGGACUUUCUCGACACCUUCUUCAACCUGACCCUCAAGGAGAUCCACUUCCUCAAGUGGCUGGACAUCUACUGCCCCCACGUCCCCUUCAUUUUCAAAGGCGACGAUGACGUCUUCGUCAACCCCACCAACCUGCUAGAAUUUCUGGCUGACCGGCAGCCACAGGAAAACCUGUUCGUGGGCGAUGUCCUGCAGCACGCUCGGCCCAUUCGCAGGAAAGACAACAAAUACUACAUCCCGGGGGCCCUGUACAGCAAGGCCAGCUAUCCGCCGUAUGCAGGCGGUGGUGGCUUCCUCAUGGCCGGCAGCCUGGCCCGGCGCCUGCACCAUGCCUGCGACACCCUGGAGCUCUACCCGAUCGACGACGUCUUUCUGGGCAUGUGCCUGGAGGUGCUGGGCGUGCAGCCCACGGCCCACGAGGGCUUCAAGACUUUCGGCAUCUCCCGGAACCGCAACAGCCGCAUGAACAAGGAGCCGUGCUUUUUCCGCGCCAUGCUCGUGGUGCACAAGCUGCUGCCCCCUGAGCUGCUCGCCAUGUGGGGGCUGGUGCACAGCAAUCUCACCUGCUCCCGCAAGCUCCAGGUGCUCUGACCCCAGCCGGGCUACUAGGACAGGCCAGGGCACUUGCUCCUGAGCCCCCAUGGUACUGGGGCUGGAGCCACAGUGCCCAGGCCUAGCCUUUGGUCCCCAAGGGGAGGUGGAGGGUUGAGGCCUAUGUGCCACCGGGUGUGGUGGGGUGCAGGUAGCCAGAAAGGGACCUCCCUGUGUGGAUAAUUCUAGGAAACUAAGGCCCAGGAACGGUUGGAGCUGCCCAGUCUGGAGGCCCUCUCUGAGGAGCCAGGCGCCAGGCCCUGGCAGCCCUCCUGACCUGGGUCUGUUGCUGGCCCCCUCAGAUGUGGUGGGAGGUCCUGGUGACCUCUGGAGGAACGCUGUGCUCAGGUACCUGGGCUAGGCCUGGCCUGAUGGGUCUGUGGCCACCCCUCGUCUUCACAGGGAAGAGUCUUCUGUGAAAUGCCUCAGUCUCCCCAGAGGCCGGGCGGCCCUGGCAGGAGAAACUCAACCCUGUGCAGGCUCACAGGCACCCCCCAGUCCACGCCCUGGUCUCCUGGGAGAGAGGGCCCAGCAGGCUCUCCGCAGCCCCAGGCCUGCCUGGAGACGGGCCGCCUCUGCCACAGGGCCUCCACCCCUGGCUGUGUCCUGUAAGGUCCGGAAGGGCGACCGCUCUGACUACCUCAGCGCCCCUCAGAAUCUCCCUGGGGCUGCAGCCCUACCCCACCCCGACACAGGGCAGAAGAGCAGCGCUCCUGGCCCCCCGAAGUCCCAGAGCUGCUGACCCCCACCCCAGGCAAGUCCCUCCCGCAGCCCCCACACCCCCAGGCCUGGCUCCCUGGCUGGAAAGCAGCCGGUUUGGCCCUGGAAGUGGACAUUCCUCUAUUACUGUGAAGUUUUAUUUAUGAAGAAUUUGGAGGGAGAAGGCUCCAGGCUUCAGGAGGGGGUGGUGUCCUCCCUGGCCCUCCUCCCUUCCCUCCCCUCAUUCCAGCUGCCUGCCCUCAGCACCCACAGGCCCCUCACAGCCCAGCCCCCUCCAGAGCCCUGCCCCACCGCACCCUGCUUCUCCAGGGCCUAGCAGACCAGCAUCUGCCCCGGUGAAGGGAUGGAUCAGCUGUGGGGGUGGGUGCAGAAGGUUGCCACCUCCUACCUCAGCGGGAGUCACCUAGGAAAGAUGGAGGGAUUGACACUAUUUUCUCAAUAAAAUGGGACUUUUUUUUUUUUUUUUUUUGGUGUGAAACUUCCUGUUCCCAGCUGCAUCAGAGAGCCUGUCUGGGGCCAAGGUUGCCAGAGGUUUCUGAAGACACAGCUUGUUCCUUGUUCUUGGCUGGUGGGUGCACAAGGACUUCUCGAAGGGAUUUAGAUGGGGCUGAGUGCUAGGAUUAAAGUGGGGAUGGGAGUACGGCAACAGAAAAACCUGGGAGCUAGCAAUGCACCCAGCCCUUGACUGUGCCCUGGUGGACAGCCGAGCUGUGGCUCAAGCGUGAGCCAGUGCCUUCCUGUCCCUGCCAAGGGUGAGGCCAGAGUUGGCCCCGAGACUGAUGUUUCAGUGGGUGGGAUUAGGUCGGCCGUACAGAGGCCGGUGGGCUCCCUGACGUCCCUUCCAGGCAACCUGAAAGCACUGAAAUAGCUUAUGGCCCUGUGCCAGGGACCUUGGCCCAAGCUGCUGACCUCCAGGGUGGGGAGGGAGCUACCCCCAGGAGAAGAGU